AUGCCAACAGAUGAUAACAGUGGUGUGUCUGAAGCACGAAUUACAGACGAAGUUAAAACUGAAAUGAAGAAAGCCAAGGAUCAAAAGUCAUCAAAAGAUGUAUGUGAUGAAUAUGGAAUUGAAUAUUUUGAUAUGAAAUUUACCGAUAGUGAUUAUGUCAAUUUGUCUACAUUUAAACUAUUUACGCAGCAUGUACGUCCGAUAUUAGCACAAAAAUAUUCCAAGCUUGCCACGUCAAAAGUCAUGGCGCUUAUGGCAGCCAAAUGGCGAGAAUUUCUUGAAGCUAAAACAACACAAAUAAUUUUACCAAAUGAAACAAUGGCAUCAAAUGAAAGCAAUGAUGAUGGCACAACAAAUUCAAAUGAUCGUAUGGAAGUUAAUGAAGCGAAACUUUUGCCUCCACCAUCAACAACACCUACACUGUCCUCGAGUCGAUCCCGCCGACGAAAACAAACGGCUCAAGAUGAAAUUGAUCCGGAUGAUGUCGAAGAUCCAGAAGCCGAAGUGUCUACUUCGUCAACCAGAGGACGUAAAAGUGGCGGAAAUAAACGAGUUCCUGCACUUAAGAUUAAACUUGGCCAAAAAGAACAAAAGGAACAACAGCAGUUGACAAUAACAAAUUCGGAUUUGUUAGAUACUAGUGUUGGUGAUAUGGAUAAGUCAUUGAAACAACAGCAAGCAGCUGCUACAGCAUUGAAAAAACCGAAUCGUGCAAGAAAACGUAAACGACGUGAUGACGAAGAUCCGUCGAAUGAAUCGGAUGCAGAAUUCGAAGCGAUGUUAGUACAAAGUGAAAUGGAAGAGGAAGAACAACCUAAAAAGAAACGUGUUAAGAAACCACCAAAGCCACCCAAAAAAAUUGCUCGUUUAAAUCGAAAACCAAUACAAAAUAAUACCCAAGAUGAAUCAUUAUCAACUUCGGCAACGACAGCCACACCAUUAACAACAAACAGAAGUAUGUCAGAACCAGGUGUCUGCGAAACAGAUCAUCAAGAUUAUUGUGAAGUUUGCCAACAAGGUGGUGAAAUUAUUUUAUGCGAUACAUGCCCAAAAGCCUAUCAUUUAGUAUGUCUCGAUCCUGAAUUAGAACAAGCACCCGAAGGUGACUGGUCAUGUCCAGUUUGUGUUAAAGACGGUGUACCACAAGCAGCGAAACAACCAAUUGUUACAGCACUGAGAAAAGAAGAAGACGAUCAUCAUAUGGAAUUUUGUCGUGUUUGUCGCGAUGGUGGCGAAUUGUUAUGUUGCGAUCAUUGUCCAUCAUCUUACCAUAUGCAUUGUCUUAUACCACCGAUGACAAUUAUACCAGAAGAAGAUUGGUUUUGUCCAAGGUGUACAAUUGAACCGCCACGCUAUGUUGUUAAAAAAGUUAUCACAUGGCGUUGGAUCACACAUCCUGAUCCAUCAGCUAUCAUCGACACCACAACAGUCACACAAACAACUACAAAAAGCGAUCCCCCAUCCACUACAACAACUACUGAACAAACUUCUACCACUGAUACAACAACGGAUGCACCAGCAGAUGUAAGACAGCGUUUGGUUCCUUUCUCUGAUCUAACAUUACUGCCUGGGGGUAAAAAAGGACCACCAAAAACACGCGAAUUCUUUGUGAAAUAUGAUGGUUAUUCCUAUUGGUCAUGUGAAUGGAUACCGGAAUUACAAUUAGAAGUACAUCAACCAGCAUUAUGGCGUUGUUAUGAGAAAAAAAUACGUGAUGCUAAACAACCACAACUAACAAUUGAUGUAGAACAAGAGCAAGAAGAAGAUGAGGAGGUGUCACGACGUUAUUGGAAUCCAAAAUUAGAUGAUCGAUAUUAUAAACAUGGUAUUAGACCAGAAUGGCUUACUGUGCAUCGUAUCAUCAAUCAUCGUAAAGAGAAAAAUGGUCCAAUGUAUUAUCUGGUUAAAUGGCGCGAUUUAGGUUAUGAACAAGCAACAUGGGAAGUGGAAAAAGAUGGUGAAUAUACAGAUUUGUUGGCCGAUUGGCAGCAACAUAUUGAUUCUUACUGGAAAUUGAGAAAUGGUGCUGCGGAUGAUGAAAAAAAGAAGAAAAAAUCAGUAAAAGCGUCCAAAAGAAUCAUAAAGGAUUAUUCUGAUGAUGCAAAUCGCGGUCUGGAUACUGGUAUUGAUUCACCUGACGACAGUGGUGGCAAAUAUCCGCCACCACGCAAACGUUAUGAAAAACAACCAGAUUUUAUCGAAGCAACGGGUGGUAACCUUCAUCAAUAUCAAUUAGAAGGUUUAAAUUGGCUAAGAUUUUCGUGGUCGCAAAAUACAGACGUUAUAUUAGCCGAUGAAAUGGGUCUUGGUAAAACAAUCCAAACAAUCUCAUUUCUUCAAGCAUUAUUAAAAGAAGGUUUAUCACGUGGACCAUUUUUAAUUAGUGCUCCAUUGGCAACAAUAAUCAAUUGGGAACGUGAAUUUGAAUUUUGGGCGCCCGAUUUGUAUGUUGUCACUUAUACAGGUGAUAAAGAGGCACGUUCAGUUAUUCGUAAAAAUGAAUUUUCAUUUGACGAGGAUGCUAUACGUAGUGGUCCACGUGCAAGUCGCAUACGUAGUGGUUGUAAAGUGAAGUUUCAUGCAUUAUUAACAUCAUAUGAAUUAGUUAGUGUUGACUCAGCCACAUUAUCGAGCGUCGACUGGUCAGUGUUAGUUGUCGACGAAGCACAUCGUUUAAAAAACAAUCAAUCAAGAUUUUUUCGUACAUUGAGCGACUUUAGUAUCAAUUAUAAAGUACUACUUACAGGUACACCGUUACAGAAUAAUCUCGAAGAACUUUAUCAUUUAUUAAAUUUUUUGACACCAGAAAAAUUCAGUGACAUGGACGGUUUUCUAAAAGAAUUUAGCGAUUUAGCGCGUGAUGAACAAGUGAAAAAACUACAUGAUCUAUUAGGUUCACAUAUGUUGCGACGAUUGAAAGCGGAUGUUCUAAAAAAUAUGCCAUCAAAAUCAGAAUUUAUUGUUCGUGUAGAAUUAAGUCCGGUACAGAAAAAAUAUUAUCGUGCUAUAUUAACAAAAAAUUUUGAUGCAUUAAAUGUGAAAGGUGGUGGUGGACAAGUGUCAUUGUUGAAUAUUGUUAUGGAAUUGAAAAAAUGUUCAAACCAUCCAUACUUAUUACCAGCUGGUCAUUUCGAAGCACCACGUGCGCCUAAUUUAGCGUAUGAAGGUAACGCACUAAUAAAAGCAUGUGGAAAAUUAGAUUUAUUAUCAAAAAUGUUAAAAAAAUUAAAAGAUCAAGGACAUCGUGUUCUAAUAUUUUCACAAAUGACUCGAAUGUUGGAUAUUUUGGAAGAUUUUUUGGAAUUUUUGGGUUAUAAAUAUGAACGAAUGGAUGGUAAAACAGGUGGCAUGGAACGACAAGAUGCUAUUGAUCGAUUUAAUGCACCAGGUGCAGAACAAUUUUGUUUUUUAUUAUCAACACGAUCGGGUGGAUUAGGCAUCAAUUUAGCAACAGCCGAUACGGUUAUUAUUUAUGAUAGUGAUUGGAAUCCGCAUAACGAUAUACAAGCUCUUAGUCGUGCCCAUCGUAUUGGUCAACAAAACAAAGUGAUGAUUUAUCGUUUUGUCACACGUAACACGGUUGAAGAACGUAUUACUCAAGUAGCCAAGAAGAAAAUGAUGUUAACCCAUUUGAUUGUUCGUCCAGGCGUUGGUCGUGGUACAAAUAUGAGCAAAAAAGAAUUGGAUGAUAUUUUACGGUUUGGUACAGAAGAUUUAUUUAAAGACGAUGAUGAUGGUGGAGGUGUUGGUGAAAGUGGUGAAAAUUCCGGACAAAAAAUUCAUUAUGAUGAUCAAACAAUUGAAAAAUUGUUAGAUCGUUCACAAGAAGGCAUCGAAGAAAAGGAAGUGGGUCUGAAUGAAUAUCUGAGUUCGUUUAAAGUGGCAAGCUAUGUGACACGUGACACAAACGAAGAUGAAGAAGAUGAACAAGAACUGUAUCAACGUCAACAGCUACAACAACAAAUACAAGCAACAAUGGAUGAAAAUCAAGAUGCAAGUUUUUGGGAAAAGUUGUUGCGUGCACAUUAUGAACAAGAUCGUGAAAAUGAAAAUCAUGCAUAUGGAAAAGGAAAACGUUCGAAACGUUUGGUUAAUUAUGCUGUGCCAACAACAGAUCCAGAUUGGAAUGAACCAAAUUCCGAUCAAGCGUCAGAUUACGAUGCACCGUCGGCUGGUGGCGAAGAAGAAGAUGUUGAUUUUGAUGAAACACCCGAUCGUAAACGAAAAACCGGUCGUGAUCGUCCGUUACCGCCAUUGUUAAAUAAAAUGGGUACAAAUAUUGAAGUACUCGGUUUUAAUCCAAGACAACGUAAAGCAUUUUUGAAUGCCAUUAUGCGAUUUGGUAUACCACCACCAGAUGCAUUCAAAUCACAAUGGCUUGUGAGAGAUUUACGUUGUAAAUCGGAAAAAGAAUUUCGUGCCUAUGUAUCGCUUUUUAUGAAACAUUUAUGCGAAAAUAUACUAGAUAAUUCCGAUACAUUCAGCGAUGGCGUACCUAGAGAAGGCUUGUCAAGACACCACGUUUUAUCAAGAAUUGGUAUUAUGUCAUUAAUAAGAAAAAAGGUUCAAGAAUUUGAGUCUAUCAAUGGCAUCUGGUCAAUGCCUGAAAUGGCACCAUCUGAUAUUUCAGCUGAAUCAAUGGAUGAGUUUUCGUCAACGUCAACGCAAUUCACUGGUACGAAACCACCAUUAAAACAAUUGAAUAAAACAGACAGUGCAACAAGCCUCUCAUCGAUGGUACAAACAAACGAUACAAAUUUACAAUCGUCCGAAUCAAAUGAAUUAAUGACAACGGAAGGAACAACAACAACAUCAGUAAAUGAUAGUACAAAUGGAGGAGGAAAUUUAAUUGGUGAAUCUAUGAGUUUAAGUGAUUUACUAAUGAAACCAAAUGGUGUGACGCGAGAUGAAAAAGAAACGACUGAAGCAUCCAAUGAUGUUGAUGAGGAGAAAAAAAAUAUAACAGAUAAACAGUCAGAUGAAAAACCAAUGUCCAUAAUAACAGCGCCUAAUUCAACAACUGGUCGCCACAAAUCUGCUCAGCCAAAUCGUAAUGAAAAAUUGAAAGAUUAUAAGUUUAUGUUUAACAUUGCGGAUGGUGGUUUUACUGAAUUACAUUCACUGUGGUUAAAUGAACAACGUGCAUUGGUUAGUAAUCAUGAACAUGAGAUAUGGCAUCGUCGACAUGAUUAUUGGUUAUUGGCUGGUGUUGUUACACAUGGAUAUGGUCGAUGGCAAGAUAUACAAAGCGAUGUAAAAUAUUCAAUAAUUAACGAGCCAUUUAAAAUGGAAAUGGGCAAAGGAAAUUUCUUAGAAAUGAAAAAUAAAUUUUUAGCUAGACGCUUUAAAUUAUUAGAACAAGCAUUAGUAAUUGAAGAACAAUUACGUCGUGCAGCAUUUCUCGGUUUAGCGAUGGAACAAACAAAUCCAGCAUUGACAUUAUCACAACGUUUUAGUGAAGUAGAAUGUUUAGCAGAAUGUCAUCAACAUUUAAGUAAAGAAUCUUUAGCCGGAAAUAAACCGGCAAAUGCUGUAUUGAAUAAAGUACUUACGCAGCUUGAAGAAUUAUUGAGUGAUAUGAAACAAGAAAUUAAUAAACUACCAGCAACAUUGUCACGACUACCGCCCGUGACACAAAGAUUGAAUAUGUCCGAGCGUGUUAUACUAUCACGUUUACCAAAUGGACAGCAACAGUCCUCACCUACGAGUAAUAACAAUUAUCCAUAUUCGACUUAUUCGAAUUUUAUUGGCCCAUUUGCAUUACCAGCACUGGCUAACAACAAAACGGGAUCUAGUUCAACUUCAGCUGUGAUAUCUUCAUCGCCAUCAUUAAAUUUUCCUGUUGUCACAUCAUCAUCGACGUCCUCUGUUGAAUCACCAUUAACAACGACUAGAACCACCACGACACCAACACAAGCACGCGUCAUAAAAUCGAAUACAUCAAAUACAACAGGUGUCGUACACGAUUUAUCAUUGAAAAUUGAAAAGAAGGGUGAUGUAGUUAUUAUUGAUUAA